GUAAUAACUAAUUCUUUGUUACCUUGUUUGUUGUUGAUCAACUGAGAAAUAAUAUACAAUUGGAACAAUGACUGUUGGAGGCUAAAAGAAAAGCUGUUGUUGAGGAGAUAUUGUUCAAAGCUAAACAAGACAAGAGAUAGCAGCUGCUUCAGGAGAGAGCGAGACAGAAUUACGAGAAACACUAUCAGAUCUGUCGCUCUAUCAUACUCCAAAUGGUUGACCUAAGCACAAAGAUUGGAGAAUAUAGGGAACUCACCCAAUGUGCUAUACUAGUUAAGAUGAUACGUGAUUGGAAACUAUUGUUUCUAUUCAAUAAACCACUUUAUGAGGACAGUGGUCUUGUAACUGCUACUGAAGAGGAAGAAGGAGAGAAAGGGGAAGGAGAGAGAGAGAAAGGAGGAGAGGGAGAGAGCAUCAGUCUCCAGUCUACUAGUACAGUUGAUGAUAAAAAUGCGGAAGCUGAUGAUAUACUUGAUGAUGCUGAUUUACAAGAAUAUCUACAAGUAACUAACGAGUGGCCCAGUGACAGUACUGAGUGUCCUCAUCCUCCUAAUAUGGUGUUGUCUCAUAUUGUGUAUCGACUCAUUGAACUAGUCAAACCACCUCAACCUCCUUCCAAUCCACCGUCACUGCCUAAGUUUUAUCUAAGAGGAUCAUUCGUUGGUCUUCCAUUCACUAGAAAAACUUCAUCACUUUAA